UUGGUUGUCGGCGGCAUCGUCACCUCCUCGAUGCCCCAAGAUGUAAAAACUGUAAGUGGUAUGUUGAAGAAAAUUCAGUUCUUCCUGAGAUCUCGCUGCGUUCGGUAUUUCGAGAGCGCGCGCCACGUGCAGCCGAAGAAAUUAACGAUAUAACGAUAUUGAUAUCGCCUGCGAUCUAUAGCAAUUAGUGAGGAUCGGUUUAGCAGUCGGGACCAAACACUUGUGCAUUACUCGCAUCUAUAUCUGUAUAUUUAACUGUAUCCGUAUCUGGUACACAUUACUUGUUACUUUGCUGCUUGUGAUGAAAUUCGUGAAAAUUGCGUAGACAGACGAAACGAAGAAAUCCAAGGAAAGAAAGAAAAAAAAAGAACUUUCUGACAGCGUCAGUCGAGGGCGGGUGCGAAGAGAGGGCGUGAAGGCGGGAGCCUCUGCGCCUUGGGGUUGUUGUAGUGCGUGGUGAUAUAUUAUUGAUUCCGCAUCGACACCAACAUUCGACUGAAUCAUCAGUCUAUAUUAAGUGCCAAGCAACAGGCAACAGGCCACAGACUCCGAUUCCAAGAGACACGCUUCAGUAAACCUCCGUCACGAGUCUUACGGAUUCGCUUUCUGAUCCACUGCGUGACCAAAAGAUGACGAAGGAUCAGCAGGCAACUCCCAUACCCGAGGAGCUCUACAAUCUCACCCAGCUGGCAGAUGUAACCCUGGCAGCAGGACCCUUAAUCACUGCAGCCAUAAACGAGACAUACACCAAACCAAUGUCUGUCAACAACAGCAUAUGUUAUGCCUCCUCGGACGAUGACUCCACUUACAACUCGUACAGCCACAAGGUGUUUGAUCGCAGCAAACUGCGUCGUUGCACCAUUUCCGAUACCAAUUCCUGCGCCAGUCUCACCAGCAACAGCAGCAGCCAGUCCAGUGUAAAGUCUCUCAGCAGCAGUGAGGAGCAGUCUCCAGUUCUGGCCAGCAACAGCUCCAGCUCAAGUUUGUUGGAUGAUGAGCACACCUGUCCAGAGUGCGGCAAGAAGUAUUCCACCUCCUCGAAUCUUGCACGCCAUAGACAAACCCACAGGUCAAUUAUGGACAAGAAGGCGCGUCACUGUCCCUACUGUGAGAAGGUUUACGUGUCCAUGCCCGCCUUCUCGAUGCAUGUGCGCACACAUAACCAGGGCUGCGAGUGUCAGUACUGUGGCAAGUGUUUCUCCCGUCCCUGGUUGCUGCAAGGUCACAUCAGAACACACACUGGCGAGAAGCCGUUCAAGUGCAACGUUUGCAGCAAAGCCUUUGCGGACAAGUCCAAUCUGCGUGCUCACAUCCAAACGCACUCGAAUACGAAACCUCACACCUGCGCCCGCUGUGGCAAAGCCUUUGCCCUCAAGUCGUAUCUGUACAAGCAUGAGGAAUCCUCCUGCAUGAAGAAUCGCAGUGAGCCCACAACACGUGUCAAGCAGCAACCGGAACUGGAAGUCACAACGACAACUACGGCAGCAACAUCAACAGCUGCAACUGCAACUGCAACUGCAACAUCAACGACAUCUGCCUCGCCAGAUUCAGCCAAAUCCACGUUGGCCCACAAGCUGCUGCAGAAGGAGAGUAAUCGCCGACUGGCGGAGGCUAAAGCACAGGCUGUGCUGGCUUAUGCCUAUCCAGCCGCUCAUCCGGAUUCCUUUGGCUGCCUGAGCAGUCCGGAGUUCUAUGAGAACUUUAAGCGCAAUGGCAUCAUGCAGCCCCAGGUGUUGCAACAUCCGAGUGCUGUCUAUCAGGAGCAUUUGCUACCUUUGCCACUGCCACUGCCACUGCCUUUGGGGUUGCCCUAUCAGCAUUAUCCACAUGCCACAGCAGCAACAACAACAGCGUCCAAUGCCGAGGCUGAUCAGGAGCAGCCUGUUGACUUUUCGCCCAAGAACAAUUUCACACACUCGACCAAAACGAGUCCAUUCGAGUUGACCGGCAAUUAUGCAAUGGUCGCUUAGCUAACCAACCCAGUCUGACUGUAAAAAGACAACUGAGAGAGAGAACUUGAGAAUUAUUGAAUUAUUCAGAUACCAGCACCAAAAAAAAGAAAAAAGAAACAAACCAAAAAGAAAAACCCAUUUUGCAUUCGAUUUUAGGAGCUUAUUGUAGUAAACAAAUAUGUGAUAAAUAUGAAAAAAGAGCUAAAAUACCGUUAGGGAGUAGUAGUCGAUUCCAAAAACAAUGAAAAAAAAACAAAACAUAAUGACUUAACUGAACGAACAUUAAUAAAUACGAUCGCAAAACAAGAACGAUCUUCACUUAGUUGUAACGAGGAUUUAGAGACUUGCCAAAAAUGUAACCAGUAUUUUUUUUAGCACUACUUAAACCACAAUAUAUACAUAUACUUAUAUACUCUAUACGAAUAUGAAUAUGAAUUUUAUACACCAGACGACGAUCCGACAGAUCUUUAGAAUUUACACACAUACAAACAUACACACUUACAUAUACAUAUACAUAUAGUUAUAUUUAUAUUUAUAUUUCUAUUACUUACCAAAUAUCUUUACAUUUAUAAUUCUUUUGUUUUUAAGGCAUUGCGAUUUCCUGCUUCGGCACGGAAGUCCAACGAGCGAAUCUCUAGUCUUUCUUUAUCUUUAAACCGGCAGCAAUGCGGGCCACUUCCCCCCUCUCUUUCGCUCACUCACUCUCUGGCUGAUGCGGAGGGGGGGAAUUCCCCGUGCAUGUGUCGCAUUAUUUUAAGCACAUUACGGCCGCAUGUGGUGCAAUACGAAUUGACAUAAUUAUAACACUAAUUAGCCACUACACACACACACCCCAAUUAUAUACUUAUUUAAAUAUAUACAUACAAUAUAUAUUUUGUACAUUUGUCAUAUCUUACUAUAUCUAUUAUUUUGUACAUUUUUGUAGCACUUAAUAUUAAUAUAUUUUGUUUUAUUUUUUCAAUCACGUUGUUGUAGAAUCUCACUGCAUUUUGUAUACUCAACGACACCUACAGCUAAACAGACCAAAGAUAUUGAAUAUAUACAUAUACUUGUAAAGAAAUAUAUAUAUAUAUACAUAAAUAUGUAUAGAGAAUAAAUCAUGUAUUAUAGAAUUGCACAUUUAUUCAAAUUAAACGAGAGAUCCAUCGAUCCCUGAACAUAA